AUGGACCUUUUACCGAGCGAUGUCUUGUUGGUCAUCUUUGACUACUUUACAGUGAGAACUGAUCUCAAAGCGAUAUGCGAGGUGUCGAAGGGCUACUACGAGCUUGCCUUGCCCCUGCUCUAUCGUGAGGUCCGUCUAACCGCUUCGGUCUUCCAACUACCCAAACUGAAGCGAUCUCUUCAAUGUAUCUCUGCAGGUACAAGCGCUCGCCUUCGAUAUACGCGCUCUUUGAUUCUAGAGGGCACUGCACCGCCUCCGGAGCCCCGACUAGAGCCAACGCAGCUACUGGCAGAAGAUCUAAAUGAGGAAGAGCACUGUGAAUACUAUGAUGAGGUCACCAGACUUUUCUUGCAGGCACUGGAAACAUUUCCGGAGAAUUGUCUCCACACAUUCGAGUUCAUCUCGGAAAACUCAAUCUCGCUGGCAAUGUUACAGACUCUCAAUAAGAGACAGAAGUGCCUGAAGAGGAUGAAAUUCACUUUGGAUAAUGACUGGAAUCGAAACCCUGCAAACCCACGUCCAUGCGGGGAAGCACUACCGAUUUUCCACGGCCUUCUUGCGCUUGACAUCUACCUCAAGGCAUCACACCCAAUAGAUUCUUCAACAUAUAUGGAACAGCUCGUUGAGGCAUUCCUGGCAUCGAAUCCAAGCCUAGAACGACUCCAUGUCGGAGCUUGUAUCAGUUCCGAGGAGUUUCAAGACGAACCAAUUCCAGACAAUUUCGCAAGAGCCCUAUCAGCAGCUGCUAGAGCUAAGCCAUUCGCGUUCCCGAAGCUGAAGGAAUUUGCAAUAUCUAACAUGGAAUUUUCUAUGGGAUAUGCAAAAUACCACCACCAAUUUAUACCCUUUGAGAAGCUGCAGCGCCUGUCUAUCUUCUCGGACGGCGAUGAGGAUACCCUCACAGACUACCUAGACGACGUGUUUUCAGACGACCAGCUCAACCUCACACACCUCAAAAUCGAUGUCCAAGCAGACGGUAAUGCAAUAUCGUUGCUUAGUUCAUGUAAAUCGCUUACGAGUCUGCAAAUCAUCACAAAUCUCAACGACUUUGACAGCUUCAUGAUAGGUCUCAGGAAGCAUGGUGAAGCUCUUCGCGCGCUCGGGAUAGCACAGUAUUUCACACCUUAUUUCAUACCUCAUCUCAUACCUACUGCCACCGUUACCAGAAUUGGCGAGGAAGAGUUCAAAGAGCUUUGUCAAGUUUGCCACAACCUUUACUUCCUUGGCAUUGAAGUGUCUGACGAGCAGGUUGAUCCAACGUACUGGGUUGUGGAUUGCGAACUUGAACAGAGGCUUAAGGCUCUGGCGAGCAUUCGAGGACUCCGCCUCAUUCAUUUCCGCGUUAAUCAGGUGACACGGUACGGGUACGGUGACGAACCGAAAAAGGAACAUGCACAAACCAGCAUCGAGAUGGAAGAUUUCGCUCGGAGAGUCUUUGAAUUCAUGGAGUGA